AAGAGCAAGUGGUGAGGCCCCGCCUCAGAGCACCCCAAAAUUGACACCAUGAAGAUCCCAGUUCUUCCAGCUGUGGCUCUUCUCUCUCUUCUGGCGCUCCACUCCACCCAGGGGGCUUCCCUGGGGAGUCCUGAGGAAGACACUACCAUUGGUAAUUAUGCACCAGGAUCUGAGGCUGUUAGCCCUCAGUUCCUGAACAUUGACAAGUUGCGAUCUGCUUUUAAGGCUGAUGAAUUCCUGAACUGGCACGCCAUUGCUGAGGCCUUCAAGAAGUCACUUCCUUUUCUCAACUGGGAUGCCUUUCCUAAGUUGAAAGGACUAAGGAGUGCAAUUCCUGAUGCCCAGUGACCAUUCUAUUCAAGACUCAGGACUGAGGACCCCCACUGGAAGAGGGGAUUAGGGUGGGAUUUGAUUCCCAUUCUACAAUAACUCCUUUCUGGUUCAAUAACUCCAAUAAAAUGUAUUCCAUCCCAAGA